UUCUUAAUACAGUGGUAUGAAGUACCUUUAUAAAGAUCUCAACAGGUAUUCUCACAAUCUUACCUGUAUCAAUGUUGACUUCAUUACUGAUCAGCUGUAGAAUUUUUCAGCCAACUGAGAAUUUUGAGUGAAAACUUUUUCCUUGGAUUUUACUUUCGUUCAACUGCUACUUCAAAUGGUGUAUGUCUGAACCUCAAAGUGAAAAAAAGGCUAUGACGUUUUUGGAUUGGAUACGACUAUUGGAAUUUUGUUAUUGAAUGUUUAAUGUUGAUUGUAGAAGGUGAAUGGCCACUGUUGAUUUUACUGUUCACUUAAUGCCAAAGUAAAUGGCAAUAUCAGAAAUUUACCUAUAGGUGAACAGGUGAGCUGAAGGAGUUGCCCUCAGAAUUGUAAACUUAGAAAUAUAAUCAGUGUUUACUUUUGAGCCAGAGAUUGGACUAUCUGGUGUCCUGGUUACCUGUGUGUAGUACAGGUGUGGCUAUUGGGGUGUCCUGCUACCAUACACGAACAACACACAAAACGGAAAUGUUUUUUGUUUUCUCUCAGACUCUAUAGGAUAUUUUGUGAUUCCUGAUUGUUCGGACUGACCAUGAGCCUACUGUUGCGAUCACGGUCCAAACGGCCGGAGAGUGCCGAGUUGGUAGACUUACAUGUAUAUCUGGUACCACACAACUUAUGGAGAGAGCGGUACAACAACUUCCUGAAUCAGAAUGUCACCGAAACAGUAUCCGCAGGCAUCAUCAGGGUCCAUCCUGAGCAGAAAGUCAUUGUGUUACGUGAUGAAAUUGACAGUCAGAUAGGAGCAGAACUGGUACCCAGGGAUUAUGUCUUCUUAAAGAGUGUGGGAAGGAGUAUAACUAAGUUGAAGGCAAAGCAGGAAUAUCAGCUGAAGGUGAAGAAUUUCCUUCCACCUCAGAGUUAUGCACCAGAGUUGUUCUUACUAGAGGCCCAGGAUGUUGAUAGUAGUCGGAGUUCUGUUCGGCCGGACAGUCCGGAAUACACCACUGGUCGGAAGUCUGAUCGGACACCAUACACAUCACACAACACCAAUCCCACCAGUCCAGAGUACAAUAUGUCAUCAGCAGAAAACUUGCAGACAAGUCGACACCCUGCUGGGGCCAAAAAUAAUUAUCCAUCCCCAUAUCACCACUCUCCAGUCCCUAAAAUUCCUACAAAAAACAAUCCUGACCCUCGUCGGUAUGAGUCGAUGGAUCCCGACACUCCUGAUGACGUUAUAAACAGUUACUCCCGAGCCCCGCCCUAUCAAACUCCCCCACGAGGCCAGGGGACCCAGUCCCCACCUUCUAGGGGAGAUAGAAAUGAUACAACACCUCCACAUCGCCAGGAUAGGGGGUUGAACAGAGGUCGUGACCCUGCUAGUGGGCGCGAGAGUGAUACACCAACCAAUGUGCACCAACAAAUCCGACAUGGUCCUCAGCGGUCUCACUCUCCCCCUCAGCGGUCACAGUCGCCCCCUCAGAGGUCACAGUCGCCCCCUCGACGAUCACAGUCCCCCAAACAGGUUCAUAAGUCCAGGUCUCCCCCUAGAUAUACAACAACUGAAAAUGUCCGUUCUAAUGAUAAACCAAAUGAACAUUUGGCUAGGAUUGAUGAUGAUAAUGUUGCUACCCCACCAAAGCAUUCUGAACGCCCAAAAGAAGUCCCUAUUCGAAAAGAGCAAAAUAAAUCUCCUAUUCGUGAGGCAGAAAAGCCGCAGGUUAAACAGGGAAGAAAGGUUGCCUCCCCUGUACGUGGUAAGGUUCAAACAAAUGGCACCAGUCGACCUCUGUCUGCAUCUUGGGGGUCUGACCAGGAGUCCCCAUCCCCUGGGGGUGUUCCUCCUCCCAAACAGAUGCCUCAAAAAGAGGCUGUACCUAAACCCCCUCUCAGUGCCACUCCUCCUCCUUUGGUAGAAUCCAGUAAUCGACCGGUAGCCGCAGGCAACAAGUAUGAUCCACGGCUGGAGACGUAUACCAAUCACACAAACGAGGAUUCUGGGAUAGCAGGCCUGACUCCCGAAGACCACUACAGGGAAAACCAAGAUGAUGUCCUGGAUAGGAGGAAACGUGAAAGUGAGGAGAAACGGCGACGAGAAGCAGAGUUACAGAGCCGUCUGAAAGCUGACGAAGAGAAGGACAAAGAUAACCGAGACAGAGAAUGGGAACGCCAUGAACAACUGGAGGAGGAACGCAGACGCAAGGAUGAACAAGAAAAACGACGAAAGGAGGAAGAAAAAAGAAGAAAGGAGGAGGAGGAUAAAAGAAGAGAAGAAGAGGAGGAAGGAAGACGGGAACAGGAAAGAAAUUUAGAUCGUCUUUCAGCUUCUGAUGAGAGUACAAAAGGUAAGAUAAUGUCUGGGAGACUAAGCAGUGUAAGAGGUCAGCCUGAUAGGACAUCUACUCCAAACUCGGUCAAGGUGACUGUCCAGCUUGACGGCAAUCGUGUGACAGAUGUCAAUGUCAGCAUGGGCAGUGCUGAGAGCAGAAGUAUCUUGUCUGAUAGAAAUAACUCAACAGACAUUGUACAAAGGUCAAACUCACAGACUACAGGGUACCUUACAGACAAGGAGGACAGCAGUGUAAACAGGGGUUACCAUAGUGGUACUAGGUCAAAUCAAGGUCGCCAUAGCAACACCAGCAUGCAUGGAUCAGACGCAAAUAAAAACUCUGAAAACAGAGAUGGUAGUCAUGGUGAGGACUACCAAAGUGAUAUUGAUGGAACUGGUACAGACCAAAGUCAGUUUAAAGGUCACAUAGAGAAAGAACAUAGUAGAGUUAAUGAAGGUGAUAGCGAUCGUAAUCAUGUGUCUGGUGGUCAUCAGAGUCCUAGUAAAAGUCCAGGUCAAAGUGACAAAUUGACUAAUGGAGAAGCCGUUCAGGAAAGUAUUUUCAACGAGCGGAAUAAGUCUGGAAAGGAACCCAAUAGUGCAGGUAGAAUAAGGAGUGGAUCACAAAGUGAAGUGAAGGAUAACAAUGAUGUAAGUAGGAGUCAGGUUGAUGAGGAGCCCAGACAAGUCAGCAAUGUUGGUGGAACAUCAACAGGAGAGAGAGGACAGCAGCAUCGGGACAAUGGGAAAGACUCCUCUCCUUACACAGGGCCAGUAGUACUGACAUCUAAUGAGGCGUCAGAGCCUAGAAAGGUCCAGUCAGAGAGUCGUUAUGUAGGCCAGGAGUCUGGGGAGGUUCUCCAGCCACUCCUUCAGUCUGGGGGCUUACAGGUACAGAGUGGAAAUAAUAGUAACAGGAAAUCACCCUCUGGUGCUAAACACAAAGAGGUUUCCUGGUCUGAUAGUGUCAUAGACAAUGAGUCACCUCAAACCUCCAGUCGGGAAAGCAACAGGUUGGCUCCAGGGCAGAGUUCCAGUAUGGAAGAUAGUUUGCCUGGACAGAGGUCAAGUGAGAUCAGAGACACUUUUGCUCCAAAAAAAGGCAACCAGAUACGGCCAGGGACAUACACUCGCCCUCAGUCCACAUUUCAGGGUUCCCGUCGUGGUCCAAGACAUCAAUCACAAGAUCGAGUGCAACGAUCUGUUGUUCCCAGAAUUCAGCUGGAUUCAGACAGCAGUGUUGACUCCCAAGAGAACCGACAGGAAACAUUCAGUGUGGUUCAUACUCCGUCUGGUUGGCAUACCCAGAGGGGUCCUAAACACAGCAAGGCAGCACCUCAUCAGGAUGGCUACCAGACUGAUGUCAGCGACCAGGAAAAAAUUGAACCACAGCCUCGAGACAAUGAGCUGAACCGUUUUCCGUCUCCUCCACCCCUGAAGAUGUCGACCCCUUCAUCACCUAAGGGCCCACGGGAGUCACAUGGGGCCUCUGACACAGAGAGGGGCCAACAAGGGAAAACUGAAAAAGAACAGUUAAUGCGUGAACUAGAGCUAGCAAGAGAAGCACGUAAAACUACAGAGAAACAGCGAGAGGACUUGGUGAAGAAGGCCAAGUUGCUCCAGAACAAGAUGCAGAACAGGCGCAACCACGCUCGUGAUCUGUGGAAGAAGCGAUACUUUGAGGAAAAGAAACGGACAUCACCUCUGGAAGAACAGUGUAAUCGUCUACGACAUGAGCUUGAGAUUAUCCAUCGGAAACUGAUGAACACGCUGGAAGGUCCUACGAAAGACAAGGCAACACAGCGUAUGGGUGACCUCAAACCCUCAUUACAGAGUAAUUAUAAGAUACAGGCGGCACGACUCAUGCAUGAAAUUGAGGACAUUCGACGUCGCCUUGAAAAUGCCAAGAUGAAACUAACAGCUGAAAUGAAGCUACGCAACCAGGCUGAGACAGAGCUGAGGGCCAUGAGAGCAGAACUUAUACAGAAAAAGAUCAAUCGUACAUUGACACGGCACCAACAAUUCCCAUCAUCCUUGUCCGUGUCUGAUCCCUACCUUAACCGUACAGCCAUCUCACCUCGCUCAUAAAACCUUAAUGUUCAGCUGUGGUUAAUAAUGAGCAUCUUACAUAGGGAAACAACAUUCUAUAGAAAUGGAAUUUAACGAAAACAUUCUGCCACUGGAUUCAGGGAGAAAAAAUAUGGUAACAAGAUUUGUAUUGUGUAUAUAGAAGAAUGAUCUUAUGAAUACUCAUAAAGGAGGGCAUAGUAAAUAGAAGGGAGUACGGAGAAACAUAGUGAUGUUCUCAUUAUAAUGAUGUUGUUGGCUGAUGAAGCAUCUUGGAUGCUAAGAUCACUGUGUUAAGAUGAUGGCUAUAAUGAUUAUAAAUGUGGGGUGUUAAUUCAGUAGAAUAAUUAGAUAGGUUUAUAAAUUAUCAAAAGAAAGAUUCCUGUGGGUUAGCUGUUUAUAAAGUCCCACAUUAACUACCUGGUAUAUAGUUAAUUACUAUCUUAUCUUACUCUGGGAGUUACAUUCCAAUAUUCAUUUGUUGAGAGGCAAAUCUGAUUAGUUUUCUAAUGUAGGAGCAGUUUUAUCUGUUAAAUUGUUAAAUGGUGCUUAUAUUUACUCAAGAAGACAACAGGUAUAUAGUACUGUCUGUUUAAUCAAAUAUAAGCAAACGUUGGAUUUCCAACAUCCUUAGUUUAUCAUAUGGUAUUGUUAUCGUCGUUUGAUAUCGGUGUAUGUAGCUCCCACUUUAUUUAUAUCUGGGAUGGCCUUUUGUAAAAUGUCUGUAAUAGAUAAAUAUCUAUAAAUAGAAACCUGAGGAGAUGAUUUGUUAAAUACUAGGAAUCAUCACUAAGUGUAAGGUAGUUUGAUCACCAGAAUUUCCUCUAUAAAGGUUAGUUAUAUAUGUUGUCCUCCUACAUAUAUGUGACUUAAUUGUUGAUGAACCUUCCAAUAAAAUACUAAAUGUACAAUAUUGUAUAAGUUUUGUAGUAUAUCAACGUUAGCUGUUGAAGUAAAGAACUAUUUUCUUCAAAAUUAUGAAAAAAACAUGUUUUCUUUUUCCUGAAUAAAAUCUGAAGAAUCAAAAGAUACAUACAGGGGUUUAGGUAGGCAUAUUGUACAUGUUGUUCCCUCUGAUAGUCGGUACCACCAGUAGACAACUGUCCACAGGGUUCCAUGUUCCCCCUGAUAGUCGGUACCACCAGUAGACAACUGUCCACAGGGUUCCAUGUUCCCCCUGAUAGUCAGACAACUGUCCACAGGGUUCCAUGUUCCCCCUGAUAGUC